AUGAGUGCUGCUCUCCAGCCUGACCUCGACGACCUCGACGCGCUCAUGGCCAACAUGGAGAGCAUUGCGGCAGACCCGUUCAACCUGCGAAUGGACGAGCUCGACUUUGUUACGCACGCUCUCGAGACCGACGAGACCGGCCUCGACGAGCCGCCGACGCCGACCGCACAUCAACCACCAUCGACCUCGUCGCGGAUCCGCACGUAUUCGACGUGCGACUUUGACUCGCUGGUCUUGAACGAGCCUGCGACGCUGGGGUUCGAUGGCAACAUGCCUGCCGGACUCGCGGUUCCCAGUCCUGCGGCGGCGGCCGGGGCUGGAUCGACGACCGGAGCCGUCAUGGCGGUGGAGGCGGCGCCACGGCCGCGGCCUCCGAGCGUCACGGCCGGUGCCUCAGUCGUCGAGCCGGGCAAGGUGGCCGGCGCGUGGCUCGGCGUCACCGCCGGGGGCUGCUUCAACUUUGAGACGUUCAAGGACAACGCCCAGUUCCCGCUCUUUGUCUCGGGCCCGGAGCCGGUCACGGUCCUGGUUGCUUUAGAGCAGCCGCGCUCAUCGCAUGCCAUAGGCGUCUCGGUCAUCGACUCGGGCGGCCUCCCGCUGGUCUUCAAACCAUCAUCGACGAGUGUCCUUGCCUCGACGUCCAAGUACUCGCGCGACCGUAGAGUUUGGUGCGUAGUCACCCUCGAGCCGCGGACUGAGCCGUACGUGGUGCUUCCGACCACCUUUUUGCCUGGCACUGAGGGCGAGUUUGAACUCUCGAUCGCUCCGCCAGCCUGCGAGAGUGUCGAGUCGACGACUGCCUGGCUUGAAGCAUCGGGCGUCCAGCUUGGCAUGCCGGUCGAGCUUGCCGACGCCGUCGAAAAGCUCUACCCACACGUGGUGACGGUCGAGUCCGAGUGGCGAGGCUCGUCGGCCGGCGGUUGCGUCAACUACGUCUCGGUCAAGGACAACCCGCAGUUCCUGCUCACAGUGACGCAGCCCGGUACGCGAGUCGUGCUCGUUGUCCAGCAGCAGCCGCUGGCCAACGCCGUGUCUGAUCCGAGCGAGCUCGAUGCCGUGGCUGCCGAGGCGCCCGAGUUUCCGAUCGCUCUGUACGUGACUGACAAGCGCGGCAAGAAGCUGCAGACGCUGCUCACCGACGACGUCGUCCUCUCGUCAGGCCAGUAUGUGUCGCAGCGCGAACUGCGCGUGCUCGGCACGCUUGACUCGCUCGCCACGCCGUACACGUGCAUGGCGACCACAUUUGAGCCCGGCCAAGAAGCUGCUUUUUCCUGGACGGUGUACGCUUCAGCGCCGAUUGUCUUUGAGCCGUACCACCGCGUUGCACCAACAGCCUCAUCAUAUGGCAUGAAGUACCUCGCCUCGCUCACGUCAGAGUGGCGUGACGAGUCGGCCGGCGGCUCGGUGAACGAACCUACAAUGGGCAACAAUCCACAGUUUUAUCUCUACGUUCCCGACGAGACCGCAGUUGUCAUUGAGCUCGAGCAGGCCGGCACCUCAUGGCCCAUUGCCUUGUACUGCGUUGACAAGCGCGGCCUCAUCGCCCGCAACCUCUCCAAGACUGAGAUCAUCGCUGGCUCUGGCUCGUACGUUCGCGAGUCGGCCGUCAUUAUCAAGACCUCGCUCGCGCCUUUGGUCAACACCGCGCUUGCGCUGACAGACACCACCGCAGCUGACGACGACGACGACGACGAUGAUGAUGAUGAUGAUGAUGAUUCUGACAAGUUUACCGGCGUGCCGCCGCCCGAGUCCGGUGGUGGGUCCGCUGCCGCGACUUCACCUGUGCUUGAUUUGAACAUGGACUCACCGGAGCUCCUGCCGUACAUCAUUUUGCCGUCGACAUUUCAGCCAGGCCAAGAGGGUGAAUUUACCAUCAAUGUGUACUCGGACAAGGCCGUCCGCCUCGAGCCGGCCAUUGCGGACUCGUUCUUUGCGCGACGCGGUCUCGUCUACCGUGCCGAGCUCGAGUCCGAGUGGCGCGGGCUCACCGCUGGCGGCUGCGCCAACUAUCCCACCGCCGCAGCCAACCCGCAGUUCCAGCUCGUCGCCCUCCCGGAUGGUGUCUCUUCGCGUGCCCGCUUUGUGGUUGUUCUCGAGCAGGCCUACCACACCGUGGCCGAGACCGGCGCGUCGGACUUGCACAUCAUCGGUGCGUACGUGUGCGACAACUUGGGCAAGCGCGUCGAGUACUUGUACCAAGAUUCGAUCCUUGCCUCGACUUCACGCUACACUCACAACGCCGCUGUUCAGACCUCCGAGGCGCUUGCGAGGACCAACAAGCCUUACACUGUCUUUGUCUCGACUUUUCAGCCUCAAUGUGAGGGCGAGUUCAAAGUCUCGGUCUAUUCGGACAUGGAAGUCUCGCUAACGCCGCUCUCGGUCGACGUCGACCCACUCGAGAGCCUCCCGCCGCUUACGGAGCUGCACUCAAUAUGGAAGGGCGAGUCCGCCGGUGGCGCCAUCAACUUUCCGACUGCCAUCAACAACCCGCAGUUCUCGCUCUUUGUCCCGCCGUCCGGCGAUGCCGCCGUCGACGAGCUCCCGGUCAAUGUCCGCCUCACCCUCAUCCGCCGCGCGCCCUCCAUGGACACCGCCAUCCCCAUCGGGUUCAUCGUGGCAGACAUUGCUGGAGCGCGGGUCUCAUCCGAUCUUGGCUCGCGGGCGCUCGUCGGUGAGUCUGGUCCGUUUGUCAAUGUCGAGCAAGUCUCGGUCCUACUCUCGCUGGUUCCGGCUGCGCAUCCGUACACGGUCAUGCCGUCGACGUUUGAGCCUGGUGUCUCGGCCGUCUUUACUCUGCAGGUCACUUCGGCCCACGACGCUGUCCGUCUCACCAAGUGGCGGCCCGAGUACGAUGUCCAGGCUCUUGCCCUGCAGAGCCUAUCGCACUCAGUGACCCUCACCAACGCGUGGAGCGGUCUCACUGCGGGUGGGUGCAUCAAUUUCCCGACCUCGGCCCUCAACCCCAUGUAUGGCAUUCGCGUCGCCGGCCCGUCGCCGUCUGUUAUCCAUAUCCUCCUCCGCCAGCUGGCAGAGCCUGGGAAGGAGCUUGUUCCCAUUGGCAUUGUUGUCGCCGACGUUGGUGACGCCAACCCGCGCACCACCCCGAUCCGGGCUGAGGAGGCCAUUGGCACCUCGGGCGACUUUCUCAAUGCCGCAGAAGUCACCGCCACCGUCGUCUUGCCCCCAGCCGCGCACCCGUACCUGCUUGUCUGCUCCACCUUUGCGCCCAACCAGGAGGCCGGCUUUGAGAUCGUCAUCACUUCGGACGCGCCGGUCACUGUCUCGGAAGUACCCGACCGCGACGCCGACGACCGCGACGCUGAUGCUGCAUCCGCGCUCCCGGUCCCCACGCGGACGUCCAAGCCGGCCACUGUUGCUCGCUCGCCGCCGGCGCUCCAUGGCUCCGCCGAGGCCGCCGACCCCGGAUAUUCGAUGGUCGACUAUGUGCCAAAGCGCUCCAAAACUACCGUCCACCGCGUCGAUCCCAACUCGCAAGUCGAGUCGGUCGAAGCCGCCGAGGUCGCCGUCACCGAUGCCGGAGGCCCUGUGGUCCAGGCCGAUGUUGGAAGUCCGGUCGCCGUUGCACGCCCAUCAGGCCUCAUAUCAGACGACUCUGCUGCUGCCGCCGCUCUCGCUGGUCCUGCCGCUGAACAGGCCUCGCCACCGGCCCUGCUGGAUCCAGCCAAGCAGCGUGCCGCUGUUGAGGCUCGCGUCAAUGUCGCGUUGAACAAGGAUCUUCCAGCGAGCGCCGCGCCGCGCGCAGCAGUCGACCACCACCUCGUCGUUAUGGACGACCUCAUCGACACGCUCGAUGACCUGAUGAACGGUGAGCUGUCGUCGUCGGCGACGUCGUCGGCGCGUGCCUCGCUCGCCUCCUUGGAUGGUGGCGGUCAAGAGGACAACGCCAGAAGCGCCACGGCCGAUGCCACACCACCCACCGAGCCUACGGCCGAGUCCGAGGCUCGGCCCAACGCCCGCCAGCGCAAGAUCUCGCGCUCAGAAGCCCGGAUGUCGAUUGUUCCGCGUUCGAUGGCACGGUCAACGACGCUUGCGGCUGACAUCCGGAGGAUGACCCAGUACGGACCCAGCGGCCCGCGCCGCGGUUCGCUACCGGAGAACAAGCGCAUUCGCGCCCUCACCGAUCCCGAAGACGUUGGCGGUGCUGGCACGGUCUCAGACGAAGACUCGGAGCUGGACUGGUCCGAGUACCCGGCGCUUCCAGUCCCAGUCAACGUCAUCAAGCAGCUGCUGCAGUUCCUCUUCUCCAUCUUUGACGCCAACACACCGUCGCACAUCAUCGGUACGGUGCUCACCCAGCCAGACGGCAUGCUCGUCCGUGCGCUGGCCAAGACGCUCACCAUCAAGCAGGCCGAUGUCAUCGCCAUGCCGCUCGUCCACGUCUUUGGUUCACAGAAACGGCUCAUGAUUCUUGUUCAAACCCUCAUCGAGUACGAGAUCGGGCGGACACCGGCAUCGGCCGGCUCGACCCUCUUUCGGUCCAACACCCUCACCACCAAGGUCAUGUCAGCGUACUGCACCGUCAUGGGCUCCGACUUUCUUGCCAAGGUCAUCAACCCGGUGCUUGAGGUCAUCGAGGCCGACCCGAACAAGCUCAAGAUCGAAAAGUACGGCGACAACCCCAAAGAGAACGUUGAGCGCCUCGUUAAUGUUCUCAACAUGCUCGUCGAUGCCAUCUUUUCGUCGGUCGACAACAUGCCGCUUGAGAUCCGCACCAUCUGCCACGCCCUCGUUGUCCGCGCCCGCCCCAAGUUUCCGCAAAACGAGAUCCACGUUCUCGCAGGCCUCGUCUUUCUUCGCUUCAUCUGUCCCGCGCUCGUCACCCCAUCCAAGUAUGGCCUCCGGGACGCCCCGCUCACCCGGGCGGUCCAGGCAGGCCUCGUCAUGGUCUCCAAAACUAUCCAGCGCCUCGCCAACGGCGUCAUCUUUCCCGGCAAGGAGCCGUACAUGGUUGAGCUCAACAAGUUCAUCGAGGGCCGCGCCGCAGAGCUCAACACCUUCCUUCGCGCCCUCGCCGACGUCUCGGUCGCCACCCGCUCCAUUCGCAUGGGCGUCGCCAUCUCCCACUUUGAGGCCAUCGAGGUCGACGAGCUCUCGUUUGUCCAGGGCCAGACUCUUUUUGACAUUGUCACCACAGACUCGCCCGAGUGGAUGUGCGGGUGCGUCAACGGCAAGACUGGCCUCUUUCCCACAGAGUUUGCCCGCAUCCUGCGCAAGCAAGUCCCGCGCUACAAGGUGGAGCCGCUUUGCGAGCUCUCCGUCCCCCAGCGCAACGCUCUCAUCGACGUCAUCCGUUCCGUCAUGAACGACUCGCAGGAGGCCAUCGUCGGUGUCAUCUCCUCCGACUAUCGCGCCAAGGAGGACGACGUCGAGCUCUUUCGCAUGGAAAAGGACACCCGCGUCAAGUCCACUUUCCGCCAGCGACUCCUUGCCAAGCUCCGUCGCUGAGAUCGGCCGCACCAAUCGUCGCGAUAAAUCACGAAAAAGCCUCA